AUGUCCAGGUCGCCCUCAAAUCAGUCCCCGCUCGGACAAGCCGAAGCAUCGUCGAGUCGCGCAUCGAACGGAAAGCAGCCUGCAGUGGAAGACGAUCACAGCGAUGAGGAGGCAUUGCUUGCAGACGAUCCACUAGAGCGCAAUUUACCGGAGCGAAUAUCCUUCAAGCGCAAACAACCAAAGCCCACGGCCUCUUCCUUCGGCUUCCCACGGUUCCUCUCGUCUCCGCUAGGCACGCCCAACCGCGGCUCACCUCUACCACGCUCACCGAAUUCUCGCCUGCAACAGCUUCGCAACGGUGAAAGCAGCGCAAAUGGCUCCACGGAGCUCAUCCUGAACUAUCUCGACACCCCUGGCAACGCAGGCGAACACCUCCAGGACACCAAGGACGCGACCGGGCUGGACUGGUAUGUCGAAGGACCAGGGCGAAGAGUAGGAUAUGACGAUCUCACGGCUAUUGAUUGGAUUUUCGAGUAUGCAAAGGAACGACAGCGUCUGCGGUACCUGUAUUCGAGCGCAAGUGGCAUACUUGGCCACUUGAAGCAGCUUGCUGACGCAAGCCAAGUUUGGAUCAUACUGGUUGCUGCGGGAAUACUGAGUGGUGGCAUCGCUGCAUUCAUCGAUGUCACGAGCGAUUGGCUAGGUGACCUGAAGACAGGGUACUGCAGCAACGUGGACGGAGAUGGCAGGUUCUAUCUCAACAAGAGCUUCUGCUGCUGGGGCCAUUCAGAGCUGUCAACGUGUCAUGAUUGGCAUCCAUGGGGAAAUGCCUUGGGCAUUGGUCCUGCUGGUGGUCGUUGGGUAGUCGAGUACAUUUUCUUCGUAUUGUUUUCGAUCGAAGCACGCGCUGACCAGGCUCAGAUACUGUUCGCCGCAGCCGCAAGUCUUUUGGUGCGCGAAUUCUCUCCUUACGCAAAGCAUAGCGGUAUACCCGAAAUCAAGACUGUUUUGGGAGGCUUCGUUAUACGGCAUUUUCUUGGCGGCUGGACUUUGGUCACAAAGACAAUUGGAUUGUCUCUUGCAGUUGCAUCAGGACUUUGGCUAGGAAAGGAGGGCCCGCUUGUACAUGUUGCAUGCUGUUCAGCAAACCUCUUUAUGAAACUUUUCAGUAAUGUCAACGGCAACGAAGGUGAGCAACUUCCAGGCCCGUAUAUGGGAUGCGCAACUGACCCCGAUGUAGCACGUAAGCGAGAGGUCUUCUCUGCAGCCGCGGCAGCAGGUAUUUCGGUCGCUUUUGGGGCGCCUGUAGGUGGCGUGCUCUUCAGUCUCGAGCAAUUGUCCUACUACUUCCCGGAUAAGACCAUGUGGAGCAGCUUUGUUUGUGCCAUGGUAGCGGCGGUCACGCUGCAGGCUUGUAACCCCUUUCGCACCGGCGAACUCGUCUUGUUCCAGGUCACCUAUCACAGCGGCUGGCAUGAUUUCGAACUCGUGCCGUUUGCAUUCCUCGGCAUACUAGGUGGCUUAUUCGGAGGCCUUUUUAUCAAGCUCAACAUGGGCGUCGCCGAAUGGCGCAAAAAUCGAACGUACCUCAAGGGGCCAGUAACCGAGGUCGUCAUCGUCUCUGGAAUCACGGCACUGAUUAACUAUCCCAUCAAGUUCAUGCGAGCACAGUCAUCUGAGCUCGUCCACAUCCUGUUUGCAGAAUGCGCCGAUCUCACCGAGGAUACUCUAGGUCUCUGCAAGUCUGGAAAAGCAAACACUGGCGUCGUAGCUCUGCUACUUAUCUCCUCGGGUCUUGGUGUCAUACUUGCAAGCUUUACGUUUGGCCUACAAAUUCCCGCAGGAAUUAUCCUGCCAUCAAUGGCUAUUGGUGGGCUGUUUGGUCGCGCUGUUGGUCUUAGUGUCGAGGUCUUUCAACAAGCUUGGCCGACAUUGUUCGUCUUCGGGUCAUGCGAGCCAGACGUACCGUGCGUAACACCUGGUACGUACGCGAUCGUAGGUGCCGCAUCAGCGCUGGCAGGUACAACGCGAAUGACCGUAUCCAUCGUGGUCAUCAUGUUUGAGCUCACCGGCGCACUAACAUAUGUUCUGCCCAUUAUGAUCGCGGUCAUGAUCAGCAAGUGGAUAGGCGAUGCCAUUUCUCCCCGUGGUAUCUACGAAUCCUGGAUCCACUUCAAGGGCUACCCGUUCCUAGACAACCGAGACGACAACGGCUCCUCCAUCCCCGACGUCUCUGCCGCCCAUGUUAUGACACGAAUCGAAGACUUGACCGCCAUCACAGCGACUGGCCAUACAAUAGAAUCACUUCGGCGACUCCUCUCCCAGCAUCGCUUUCGAGGCUUCCCGGUCAUCGACAGCUCUCGCGAUGCCCUUCUGCUAGGCUACAUUUCACGCACUGAGCUGGCAUAUGCACUUCAAGCUGCUCUAACGCCACCUCGAAACCUUUCCGACGAUGUCGAAGCAUACUUCUCCCAUCAACCCCUUUCCGACCCAACAACGUCCUUAGACCUACGCCCGUGGAUGGACCAGACGCCCAUCACUCUUAACGCCAAAGCAUCAUUUCAACUCACCAUGUCCAUGUUCCAGAAACUCGGUUUGCGCUACGUGCUCUUCACAGACCGCGGUACGCUCAAAGGCUUGCUCACGAAGAAAGAUGUUUGGUACGUCAUGAACGGCAUGGAAGAGGACAGAGAAGAAGGCGGCGCAGGAGUAGGUGUUGGCCGAGGCGGCUUGAGAGAAGAGCAUGAGGGCAUGGAGGACGAUAAUGAGGAGCGUGGACUACUAGGCACAUCGGAGGACGAACGUGAUAGCUUUAUAGGUGGCGAUAGAAAUAGGUAG